UAAUAAAUUGGGAAUCAGAGUUUCCUACAAACAUGCCCUCUCAGAAGACUUGCAAUUCACGACACAACUCACACUGUAGUAUUUCUAGUAAUCCUAAACCCACAUGAAUUCUGAUUCGUCUCACUGUUUAUAUAAGCCCUCAACGGUUCCUUCUAAAACCCACAUUCCUGAAUUGUUUCUUUGUUGUUGUUCUCUGCUUCUGUUUCUUUCUGCAAAAUUCAUCAAUGGAGAAAUUCCCAAAUCCCGAAACUCCAAAUUCACAGGUUGAAGAACUCGAUAGUUUCAAUUUUGAUCAACUUAGGCAACAACUUGAUCAACUAUGCAUCUCGAAGAACAAAUCUUUCGCCUUUCGUAAUGGGUCUUCAAUGGCAGCACAGUCACUGACGAUUGGUAAUAGUUACACUGGUUUUGUUUGUUCGCCGAGAAAAGACACAGCGGAGGAUGAUAAAAAGCCAGCUUCACCGCUAUUUCCACAGAGUGCCUGGACGUUUAAUGAUUACAUGAACCGCAAUAGAGAUUUAGCUGGAAAUCAUCAUUGGAGUGCUUCAGACCCUAAUAACGUUGGAAUUAUGGGUCAUAUGCCACAACGUCGUGACUAUUCCGUGGUGGGAUUCACCAUGGAUGAAAGAGAUCCACCCCUGGAAACUUGUAUGGUUGACCAACUUAUUGACUCGGCUGAGAUGUUAAUGACUCACAGAGACUGGCAUAAAGACUUUGCGAAGCUAGUUCAAUCAUUCGAUCAGGAUCAGCUAAGACGACUCACCUACAAGCUAACCGCAAAUCAUGAAUCGUUUCUCAAUGUAUCGCAACAGAGACACGGGUCAAAUUCAGUCAUGAAUCUCAUCAAAGUGCUAGCGAGGACACCAUUAAUAGAUCAUGUAGUUCUUGUUCUCUCCACUGAAUUUUGGUCUCUAAUGACCAACCAAUCAGGAUGUCAUGUUAUAACAAAGUGUUUAGAUAACCUCAGCACUCGGCAGAAUCAGUUACUAUAUGAAGCAGCCUUGAAGAACUGUCUUCAACUAGCGAAGCAUGAGUAUGGAUGCAGAAGCUUACAGACAUUCAUUACGAACUCAAAAAAUCCCUAUAAAGAUCAGCUCCUACACAUCGUCGCUGAACAUUCAUUGUGUCUCUCACAGGAUCGUUCAGGGAACUAUGUUGUUCAGCACGUCCUCGGUUACCACGAUCAAGUCUUUUCUAACAUGAUAUUUAAGGCACUUAAAGGUCACUAUGUGAGACUCUCAAAGCAAAAAGGUGGUAGUUAUGUGGUGGAGAAGUGUGUGAAUUCUGGAGCUAUGGAGCUUGUAGUUGAGGAUUUUAUUCUUGAGAAUAACAAAAGUUUUUCACAACUUGCCAAAAAUCCAUAUGGGAACUAUGUGAUCCAAGCAGCUCUGGAAAAAGCAAUGGCCGCGGACAGGAAACUUCAUGCAGAACUUGUAAAGAAAUUCACAGCAUGUGGCGAAUUGGGGAAAUCUGGAUUUGCACAAAAUAUAGUCCAAUUACUUCGAGUUCAGUCGCAAAGUUUGUUUCAAUGAGGAAAGAAUCCAUCUGUUGUGUCCUUGUGUGGUUUAGUAUAUUAUGUUUGCUUGUCCUUUAUUUGUCGUUGUGGUUCUUCAAGUGUAAUGGGUGAUAUACAGUUGAAACUAUGUUUUUGUAGAGGAAUGCAAUUGCAUUUCCAGAGAGUUAAAAAGAGAUUGUGCUCUGCUCUGCAAAUUGCAGUGCUUCCUCUUUUUUUCUCAGUUUUUGAGAGUUUGUUGUUCUAUUUCUUCCCGGAUGAAAUAGAGUUGUUUCUUUGUAAAAGGAGUUCAUGUUUAAUUUCAAAUUUAGCACCUUUUGUUGAAGCA